AUGGCCGCUGCGAUGAGCCCGGUGUCCGCCAUAAGCGCAUACCGCCAGCUACUCCGUGCUACUCGCAUCGCCUUCAACGGUGACUUCCCCGUUCUCUACGCUGCCCGGUCAGAAGCCCGCAAACAGUUCGACCAGAGCCGGCAGCCCGGCGUCGAUACCCCUAUGAAAAUCCAGCAUGCCCUGGAGACUGCCCAGAUUCUAAGAUCAAACAUCGUUCAAGGGACCAAGAUAGGGACCGAGGAGCAGGGAGGAGAGAAGGUAGACCGAUACUCUUUAAGGAUACACGAACAUACGGAGCGCGGCGAUAAUGAUACAAUAAAGGCUGCUGGCCAGAACCCAGUCAAGGUUGGGAAAGGGUGCUGCUCUUCAUCAAAUCCCAAGAGCUCGGAACCGUUAACGGCGGACAUUUGA